CACAACUUUUCAGUCAACUCGAUACCCCAAAAGUCUUUUAUUACUUUCUUCUCUACAUCUCAAUACUUCUUCAAAACAAACAAGUUUAAUUCCAUCAACCGCAAAUAUGCAAUUCAAGAACAUCGUCGUUUUGGCUUUGGCCGGUGCUGUCAUGGGUCAAUCUUCUGUUGAAUCCAUCCUCUCAGAUGCUACCGCCAGCGCUGGAACUCUUCUCAGCUCCGCCACUGACUCCGCAUCGAGUGCAUCUAUGACAUCUGCCUCUUCCGCCUCUACCGCUUCUGAGUCCUCUGCUUCCCUCGCAUCUGGCCUCUCAUCUACCCUCUCUUCCGUCUCAUCCUCUCUCUCUUCAGUCGUCUCCUCUGCCGAAUCUUCCAUCAACUCUGCUCAAGCUUCAGCCGAAUCUUCUCUCUCAGCCGCUCAAGCUUCCGCAGCAACUCUCACUGGCUCGGCCGCUUCCUCUGCUUCCUCUUCGCUCGCAUCCGUCUCUAGCUCUCUUGCAUCCAGCUUGAGCUCCAAGACUUCCUCCUUGUCUUCUUCUGCCAGCAGCCGUGCUACCUCUGCUGGUUCAGUUGUCACCACCACCAACUCUGCUGGUCAAACCGUCACCUCUACUUCCACUGGUGGAGCUGCUAUCCAAACUGGUGCUAUGGGAGCUGCUGCUCUUUUCGGUGGUGCCGCCAUCUUUGCUGCUGCUUUGUAAAUGAGUGAACGGAUUGAUUGAUUUCUUUCUUCACUUCACUUUACAACAUGCAAGGAACUUGCUCAUUGAUUGAUAUGGGAUUUCUAAUUCACGGAAGGAAAUACUCUUUUGGUGAUGGUUUCAAUGGUUUAACUGAUGAUCGUAAUGAUGAUGGUUAGGGGAAAUAGGUAUUGCGAAUGGGCGCUGUACUUAGUAACAUUGCAUUUCACUGCUCUGGAAAAUAAAACUAUUACAUGAACU